AUGUCACAGGCCAAUCCGCCCUACCAGGAUCGUGUGGAGGAUCUGUGCCAAAUGAGCUUCUUAAACGAGUCGAGCAUGGUGCACACGAUCAGCCAACGCUUCGGAUCAAACCUGAUCUACACCUACGCCGGACCUCACUGCCUACUGGCCGUCAAUCCGAUGCAAUCGCUGAACAUCUUUUCAGACAUGUUUGUUAUUUUCGAGUUGCUGAACUAA